AUGGAUAGUUACACAGUGGCCCCCGAGGAUGACUAUGAUGUCCUCAUACAGGAUGACCUGGACAGCCAUGAGAUGGAGCAAGCCCUCACCCCCGAGCUCCUCUCCGCCCAGCAGGUACUGCAGUUCUGCUGCUCUGUAUUUGCGGUGGGUCUCCUGGACAACGCGCUGGCUGUGUUUAUCCUGGUGAAAUACAAAGGACUCAAGAAUGUGGGGAACAUCUACUUUCUAAACCUGGCAGUUUCGAAUUUGUGUUUCCUGCUUCCCCUGCCGUUCUGGGCACACACUGCCACACAUGGGGGAAGCCCUGGCAAUGCGACUUGUAACGUUCUUGUUGGACUCCACUCCACGGGCUUAUACAGCGAGACACUUUUCAACAUCCUUCUUCUUGUGCUAGGGUACAAGUUGUUUUCCCAAGGGACGCUGUCAUCCACCUUCAUGACAGUGCCCGGUGGUGUUGUUACAAGUAUCCUGGCAUGGACCAUGGCUAUUGCACUUAGUUUGCCUGAAUCUGUGUUUUACCAGCCGCGGAUGGAAAGACAGAAACACAAGUGUGCCUUUGGCAAACCUCACUUUUUGCUAGUUGAAGAGCCAUUCUGGAAGUAUUUUCUGACUUCAAAGAUGAACAUUUUGGUUCUUGGUUUUCCUCUGGUGGUUUUUAUACUCUGCUGUGGGCAAAUGAGGAAAACGCAGGCCUUCAGGGAGAGGCAGAAUGAUCUUCGAAAGCUUGGUUUUGUCAUAAUGGCUGUGUUCCUUUUGAUGUGGGCACCCUACAAUAUUGUGCUCUUCCUGUCCGAGUUCCAGGAACACUUGUCCCUGCAGGAUGAAAAGAGCAGCUACCUCCUGGAUGCAAGUGUUCAGGUCACACAGCUCAUUGCCAUCACCCACUGUUGUGUUAACCCUCUCCUCUGUUUGCUUUUUGACAAGGCCUUCACGAGAUAUCUCUGCAGUCUGUUCCCACGGUGCAAUGACACCCCAUUUCAAAGUGGGGGGGACUCUCAGCGAGCAACGCCAAGAAGAGGGCAUGACCAGCCCUUUGAACUCUACACUAGUUUGCAUCAAAGGCAGGAUAUAUAAACCUUGACCCUUGUCUCUUCAAAUUAUUUUGUGUAAUUUUUUACAUGUUUGUAUAAAAAUAGAACAUAAGAAGAAA